UCGAAAAAAAGGUUUAAUUUGACGAUAGAACCAUAAAAUAUACAAAUAAUAUCACGUUCUACAAAUCUAAAAGCGUUUUUUCAGGGCUCUAUUUAACCAAGAUUUCUAAUUAAAAGAGUCAAAAUCAAACAUGAUAUUGACGAUAAAAACAGCCUGUCUCUGCUCUGAUUUUUGAAAAAAAGAAAGAAAUUUUAAAAGAAACAAAAAGUUAUCAAAAAUGUAAACUUAUCUCAAUAUCCCUUUAUAAAAAGGAAUGUGCACUUGUGCUAUUGUGAUGCAAAUGUGACAAAAGAAGAAAUGAAAUGCACACAGUGGUGAGAUUUUUCCCUUUUCCACACCUGUCAAGAUGUAAUUGAUUAAUAUGCUAAUGCACAACGUUGUUAAGACUCCGGUACGAGUUUGUUGAACAUUAUGUACCGGACCAAUAUCAACACAGACAGUACACAAUUGUACAGAGUAUCGGGAGAUAUGAAAGUACAAACAGCUACAACUACAACCUGGUUGGUUGUUUUUGUUUUCAUUUUAAACUUUGGCACUUGCUUCUCGUCGAAAAMACAGYUAUGGGUAGGAGCAUUUUUGACGGUUGAUGUCAGUGGAGGAGGUUGGAGCUCAGAAGGAGUUCUUCCCGCAAUUGAAAUGGCAAUAGAAGAUGUCAAUAAUGACUCAACCAUCCUCGCUGAAUACGAGUUAAAAAUGAAGUGGAGAGACACAAAGUGUCAGAGAGGAUACGGCGUGAGACAGCUUGUACACUUUCUAUCUGACGUGGAAAACCCACCCAUCAUGUUGAUAGGUGGUGGAUGUUCGGUAGCGACCGAGGCMACAGCACAAGCUUCACACUAUUGGAAUCUUAUUCAGAUCGCAUAUAGUGCUAACUCAAUGCGAUUGUCCGAAGAGUCUGUCUAUCCGAAGCUAUUCCGAACUUGUUACUCGGAAGCGAUCGGMAAUCCAGCUCGUAUAGCGAUAUUAAAGAAAUAUGGGUGGAAAAGAGUGGCAGCACUUUAUCAGAAUGAAGGCCUAUUCUCYUUGACGUUAGAUGAYUUAAGAAAGCACUUAGAUCAACAAAAUAUUACAUUGGUGACGUCUGAAUCACUUCAAAAUGAUCCAAAAUACCAAGUACGAAAUAUCAAGAGCAAAGAUGCUAGGAUAAUCAUUGGUAUGUUUUACUCGAAUAUGGCAAGAAAAGUCUUAUGUAGAGCGUACAAAGAAGGGAUGUAUGGCGGACGAUAUCAGUGGAUCAUACCUGGCUGGUUCAAGGCAAGGUGGUGGGAAGACACUGACAGCAGUAAUACUCUAGAUUGUACGCCUGCGCAAAUCAAGCAAGCCGCUGGSAAUUACAUUGCAAUAAUGGAAUCAACUUGGAGUAGUGAUCCUGGAAAGACUAUUAGUGGYCAGACCGCAUCAGAGCUAAACAGCCGUUACAAGAAGCGUGUCAAGCCGUCACUAACGAACGAGUACUGUGUGUUUGGGUACGACGCUGUUUGGGCUGUCGCACUGACGCUGAACAAAUCUAUCGAUACCUUACGGGCUCAAGGGAAAUCCAUUGAUCAGUUUCAAUACAAUGACACAGAAAUGGCAAAUGUGUUUGGGAAAAGUCUUUACGGUUUACGGUUUAAAGGAAUGUCGGGAAAUAUCAAGUUUGAUCGAUACGGAGACAGAAUUGGUCUCGUCCUUGUGGAGCAAUUACAAGGUGACGCUGAAGUUAAAGUCGGAGAGUACGACUCUUUUAGGGAUACUAUUAACAUGGUCGCUGGGAAGAAAAUGAUGUGGAUUGAUGGACAACCACCUGUUGACCGCACUCUGAUACAGUUUAAGUUACAAGGAAUAUCAAUGUCUCUCUUCAUCUUUAUGAGUACAUUGGCCGUUUUAGGGAUUUUAGUCGCUAUUGGUUUUCUCGUGUUCAAUGUUUACCACAGAAAAAAGAGAUUCAUACGCAUGAGCAGUCCACGUCUUAACAGCAUCACCAUCAUUGGAUCAAUCCUUGUGUACAUAUCAGUCAUCAUUUCCGGAAUGGAUGGAAAGUUUCUAAGUAAAUCACAAUACACCAUAUUUUGUCAGUUGCAGACGUGGACAUUUUGCACUGGUUUUACMUUGGCUUAUGGUGCCAUGUUUUCCAAAACAUGGCGUGUUCAUAUUUUAUUUUUGAAGAAACGAGAAAGAAGGUCUAUAAAAGACCACCAAUUACUCACAAUGGUUGCUGGGUUAUUACUAAUUGACGUCAUCGUAUUGACCACGUGGCAAAUUACUGAUCCUCUSCAUUAUGCAAUAAAAUAUCAACCGACUGUAGAGGAAGACGAUCAUCACGCGACAAAACCUUACAGCGAGUACUGCACUAGUGAAUAUUUCAUCGUGUGGCAAGGAGUUGUGCUUGGUUAUAAAGGUCUUUUGCUGUUAUUUGGUGCGUUUUUGGGAUGGGAAACACGUAAAGUUACUAUCCCAGCAUUGAACGAUUCUAAGAACAUUGCUAUAUCGGUCUAUACGGUGGUAUUAACGUGUAUAGUUGGGCUUCCUGUGCUAAUAGUUGUCAAAAGUAUGCAAGAUUUCUCUUAUGGUUUGAAUGCUGCUAUUUGCUUGCUGUGUACUUCAGUCGUUUUGUGUUUAUUAUUUGUACCUAAGAUCUUAGUCCUUGGUAAAAAAGAAGAAGUAUCUUCUGUUAAUCAAACCAUCAAAUCUCAAAACAGUGUCGGUCCUGCCAGCAUAUCUAACGCCCUCCAUGAAAUGCACAARCAACUUGACAUCUGCAGUACCGAUGAACARAUCACACAGCUAGCUGCAAAUGGCGUUUUGGACGUCCUYCCAGAGUGCGGUAAUAAUGAAAAAUCUGAAUCUUCAUCAGAGCGCACAUGUUGAAAGUUUGGACGAUGGCUGAAGUUAGUAUAGAAGGUCUUGGUAAUAAAACUAUUUGGUCUGUCAUGAUUUCGUGUCAAAGACAAAAAACAAAA